AUGCCAUGUUCCAAAGAAGAAGCUCUUGUUAGACUCUUCUACAAUGCCUCUAGCUCCUUCCACCUUCUCUUCCUCCUCCUCUUCUCCUCUUCCUUUUUGCUUAUCAAGCUCUUAAACUUCAUUGCCAGCUUCACCAUCUUCCGAAGAGAUCACCACUAUGAAUAUGUGUCUUCUGAGUAUGAUGAAGAAGAAGAAGGAGAAGAAGAAAUUCAAGAAAACUACUCUUAUAUGCAUGAUUCUAGUGAGACAGAUCACCUUGUAGCUGACAUCAUUGGUGGUGGAGAAUCCCUUUUGUUUGUGCACAACAACCAGCCUCACAGGACUCAUUCUUCUUCCGAUGAAUUCAUAAGCCCCCGGGAUAGCCUUGUUGAAGAAGAGUCAGAAGAAAAGUAUUCAACAGAAACCUUGUCUUUUCACAAGUCAUCUUUAGUUUCAGACUUCGAAAAUGAAGAAGAGGAAGAAGAAUUUCCAGCUGAAGAUGCUGAUUCUGUUCCAAAUUCUGUCCCGGAUGAAAGCAGGCCCACAUCUCCCAUCACCCUGAACCUCUACAAAAGUGACUCACCAGACAGUGACAAAAUCUAUGACGAAGAUCGUGUUGAAAUUGGACUUGUUGAAAAUAAGAAGGUGCUAGAGGCAAGCCUCACACGGGAUGAGAGAUUCUUGGUGUAUGCUCCCACCCAAUUGGAAGCCAAGAAGCUCAUUGUUGAGGAAAAGGAUGAUGAAGAAAUAUACGGUGACUCAUGCACUGUUGGGUCCACUUCUAAGAGCUCCUCUGAUUGGAGGAGCUCCAUUAACUGCAGAGAUUCUGGAACUGAUGAUCCUUUUUCUUCCUCAUCAAGAAGAAGUUGCCCCAAGUGGGAAUCCUACACAGUUUUCCAAAAAUAUGAUGAAGAAAUGUCAUUUCUAGAUAGAAUUAGUGCACAGAAACUUCAAGAAACUGAAUCUUUAAGGUCUAUCAAGGUAUCUCCGAGGUCAAUUUCAGAGCGUAUUGUAUUCAAGUUUUCAAGUAUGAAUAAAAAACCAGGUGAUACACGCCACAACCCAUAUCAUGAACUUGAGGCUGCAUAUGUUGCACAAAUUUGCAUAACAUGGGAAGCCCUUAAUUGGAACUACAAGAAUUUUCAAUCCAAACGUGCUUCACGAGGCCAUGAAGUUGAUGUGGGUUGUCCAGCCACCAUUGCACAGAGAUUCCAACAAUUUCAAGUGUUGUUGCAGAGAUACGUUGAGAACGAGCCCUAUGAGCAUGGUAGAAGACCAGAGAUCUAUGCUAGAGUGAGGCAUUUGGCUCCAAAAUUGCUACUAGUACCAGAAUAUCGAGAAUCAGAAAAUGAUCAGAGGGAUGAGAAUGGUUUUCAGUCAAAAAUAUCAUCAGCUUCAUUUCUUAUGAUAAUGGAAGAUGGGAUCAGAACGUUCAUGAGUUUUCUGAAGGCUGAUAAAGAGAAACCAUGUCAGAUUCUUGCAGCUUACUUUAGGAGAAACCGAAGACCCUUGGUUGAUCCAACACUUCUACGCCUCAUCAAGAAAGUUAAUCAAAAGAAGAAGAUGAAAGUGAAGGACCUUCGGCGUUCAAGCAAAUGCUUGAGGAAGAGGAAGCUGAAGGGAGAAGAAGAGAUGGAGAUUCUGAUGGGACUGAUAGACCUGAAAGUGGUGUCAAGGGUUUUGAGAAUGAGCGAGUUGAGUGAGGAACAGUUGCAUUGGUGUGAAGAGAAGAUGAGCAAAGUGAGAGUGGUGGAAGGAAAACUACAAAGAGAUUCCACGCCACUUUUUUUCCCUGCACAUUGA